AUGGCCGACUCAGGAUCAUCUCCAGCUACCCGUCUCCCCAUCCGCACGCAACACUGCCGCUUCUGCAACCACCUCCUCCUCGCAACAACCCGCGACCUCUCGAGCCUCCCGCGGCGCGCAGGCGACUCCCAAGACAAAGCGCUCAUCCUGCCGCUCGAAAACCGGGGCACAGAGCUAGACGAAGGUGAGAACACGGAGCCGCAGACCCAAAGUGGCCGAACGAAGCACGCUACGCUCCUCCUCUCUACGACGAUACCCGAUCGGCGGGCGACGCUGAUCCGGCGCGAAGAUGGCAUUGAGAAGCGCAUGUUGUUGCGGUGCGGGCGGUGUCGCGUUGUGGUGGGGUAUUAUUUGGAUCAAGUGCAUUGGGGAGGGGUGAGGAAAGAGAGGGAGCUAGGCGAGGAGGGUGAGGAGGAGCGGCCGCCAGCGAUGUAUGUGCUUCCGGGGGCGAUGGUGGAGACGGACAAAAUGGGAGAUGAUGGGGUGGGCGAGAAGGAGUGGAGGGCUUGGGCGGAGGAUGCAUAG